AAGCCGCACAUACAUGUAGACAGCCGCUAGUUGGCUAAACGGCAUCGACCGAAACCAAAAGAAGAGAGAGGAGCUUUUGUCGACCGGGUUACCUCACCUGGCACACACGCACUUACUCAACCUCAACCGGGGACACAGAUAAUCCACGAUAAGACGUCCGAACUGCGGGGAAAACAGAGUUAGCAUCGAAGGACGGCUCCUGUCGUUGGCUCAACAACUCCGCGCAUACGUAGUUUUAGCUCGCUAGCCCGGCUAACGACGCUAGCAAGAGAAGAAAGGCCUCGUCGAGUUGGUUGACCCAGCGUCAAUUAUUUAACGGAGAGCCAAUCAUCCUGGCAUAUCACCGCCGCCCCCCUCACCGCUUGGAUCGGAAACCUUGAAAGUUAAAGAGCAGAACAUCGAGAGAGGAUGGCCCUGAAACGGAUCCACAAGGAGCUUAAUGACCUGGCCCGUGACCCUCCAGCACAGUGCUCAGCCGGCCCAGUGGGCGAUGACAUGUUUCACUGGCAAGCCACAAUCAUGGGACCUAGUGACAGUCCAUAUCAGGGAGGCGUUUUCUUCUUGACAAUUCAUUUUCCAACAGACUACCCCUUCAAACCACCCAAGGUUGCAUUUACAACAAGAAUUUACCACCCAAAUAUUAACAGUAACGGCAGUAUCUGUCUGGAUAUUCUCAGAUCACAGUGGUCUCCUGCACUUACUAUUUCUAAAGUUCUUCUCUCCAUUUGCUCACUCCUAUGUGACCCAAACCCCGAUGACCCGCUAGUGCCAGAGAUCGCACGAAUCUACAAAACAGAUAGUCAGAAGUACAAUAAACUAGCUCAGGAGUGGACAACGAAGUAUGCCAUGCUUUAGGAUACACCAGAAUGGCAAAAGAAUGGACACAAAAGUACGCAAUGUGAUGGCACAGUUCGGAAAGCUGGUGGAAAAUGUCGUUGCUGGUUCAAACUUAAAAUUCCAGGAUCCUGUUUUUCUUUUUCACUUUAUUAUUAUUAUUUGUUUUUUGUUUUUUUUGGUUAAUCAGAGCAUUUUACCCCCCAGUUUUUUUUUUUGUUUCCCGCCCCUCCCACCUGCGCGGUCAUAAGAAGAUAGUGUUUUCUCUCUAGGACACGUGCCAGUUUUCUGUGAAGUUGCAGCUCCUGUUUUGUACGGAGUUACUAAAAAAAAAAAAAAAAAGGAAAAAAAGAUUAUGGUUCUGAACACUCGGCUCGAGCAUGCACCAGUAAGAGUUUUUUUUUUUUUUUUUUUUUUCAACCCAGGAUUGGUGAUGUUAGUCAUUUCCUCUGCACACACUUGGUAGAAUCUGAUGCAGCUGAACAGAAAAUCAGCCUCGAGAAGAUCCAGUCGGUUCGUCGGCUCGAUCCUCCGGGGGCUGAUUUCAAAACUUCACCAUACGCUGGGUUUCUAAGAGCACUUGUAGCAAAGCCUGUGUUUUGCCGUACCCUGAAUUUUUAAACGUUUCAAAUCGGCCCAAUCCUGCUGCAUUUUAUUUGGAAUCUAAAAUCAAAAUUCUCUGAAAAGAUUCGGGGGGGAAACCGUUUAGCGGCUCCUGUGUCCGCCUCCUGGACUGGUGUGACGUCAGUAUGUUCUUCUGAUCGAUAGUAUAGGAAUCUAUUACCUGAGGAAAGACGUGUAUCUUAUUCCACUAUCAAAGUGUGUGUACAGAGAAGCACAGCAGUAUAUAUCAAUGUUAAGGAAACAAAAUAUAAGAACUUCAAUGUUGUAUUUUAUGCAUGUUAAUAAAGGUAGGCUAUUAUAUCUGAUAUGUUUCUGCAAAUUAAGUGGAUUGUAAAGACUGAACAGUUGGACAAAUUUGGUCCCCCUCAAAAGCUUUCUAUUUCUUUCUCUUUUUUUUUUUCUUUUUCUUUUUUGUUUUUGUUUUCUUUUUUUGGUUCUUUAGAAGCCAGUAGAUGAGCAGUUAGUUUUACGCCCACUCGAACACUGUCUUCUUGUAGCCCUAAAAUAUUGAUGCAAAGCUGAUGGUUGAUAAUCAACCUGUGGCUCUGUUUCUUUUUAGUUUUCCCUUCAAUAAAGUUACUUAAACCAUAAA